AUGGCCACCCUCCCGUCGCACAAGGCCCACCACGACUCGCCCCCGACCCAGUUCCGCAGCGCCGUCUUCCCCUCUCCUCGCGCCCCUCUCUCGCUCGUCGACGUCGAGUACCGCCCGCCGUCCAAGGGCCGCGUCACGCUCCAGGUCGACGCCUGCUUCCUGUCGCAGAACGACGCCAUCGCCGCCCUCGGGCUCCGCCACGGCCACGACCACUUCCCCGUCUCGCCCGGCCAAGCCGUCGUCGGCCGUGUCGUCGAGGUCGGUGCGGGCGCGCGCGAGGGAGGACCGGUGACGGCGAGCGGCAUGCUCGCAAGCGUCAUGGGCAAGCUCAACCUCGGCGGCGGCGGCGGCGGCGGGUCGGCGACGGCGGGCGACGUCGGCGGCGAGCUGCACCGCAAGUUCAAGCCGGGCGAGACGGUCAUCGCUUCGGUCACGCACCAAGGCCUCGGCGAGUACUGCACUGCGCCCGGCGUCUCGACGUGCGACGCCGUCCAGUCGAUGCCCCUCCUCGAGCAGUGCGUCGUCGCCGUCUUUGGCGGCCGCGUCCUCGCCGUGUGUGACCGCUUCGAAUCGGACGCCGAGCGCAAGACGGACGACGAGCGCGAGGCCCUGCGCCGCAUGUGCUCGACGCACCCGGUCGGCGGCGGCGAGGACAAGGGCGGCUGCGACGGAGCGGGCGUCGUCGUCGUGUGGGGCAGCGGCGGCCACGCGAGCCUCGCCUACCACCUCCUGCGCGCCGUCGCCGGCCCGACCAAGCACAUCGUCAUCGUCUCGCCCUCGCACCACCACCACACGCACCGCGACUACGGCGUCCCGGCGGGCGACCUGCUCCAGGUCGGCAAGUUGGGCCACCUCGACGUCGAGCUGCGCAAGCUCGGCGGCGUCGAGCUCGCCGUGUGCGUCGACCAGCCGGGCUCGAGCGAGGGCUUUGGCGAGCUCCUUGACGCCAUGUGCCCCGGCGGCGAGGUGUCGCUCGUGUCGAUCGAUGCUGGCGGCGGCAAGGGCGAGCUCGAGCUCCCUGUCGGCGUCCUCCUCUCGCGCUCCCUCACGGUACGCGGCCUCCCCGCCCUCCAGGCCCCGACCAUGCACCGCGCGCUCGCCCUCUGCCCCGCGCACGACCUGCACCGCCACGUGUCGGUGCGCAAGCACGCGUUUGGCGUCGUCGGCGUGCGCGAGUGCUGGGACGCCGUGCGCGUGCCGCACGAGGGGUUCGACGCGCACUGCGUCGUGUUUGGCGAGCGCGAGGGCGAGGGUGUCGGACUCGGUGUCGCGGCCUGA